UGUGAAAAAACGCUAUUAAUUAUAAUUAAGUUAUAAAAGUUAAUCUGAGGAAACCUGAAUAAAAUUCAUCUUUACAGAUUUCUUAUUUUUUAAAUAAAUUGUAUAUGCCGUAAAAAUUAUUAUUAACAAUGACUGAGGUAGUAAAAGAAGAUGCCGACAAUUUGCUAAAUGAAACUAAAGAUAUUUUAAAAGAAAAUAAAGAAACUUUAAGCGAAAACAAGGAAAUUAAAACAGAAAAUAAUGCCUCUUCUGAAACUGAUCCAAAUAAUGUAUACGCAUACUUAAAUCGUUCUGACUUUACAUCCGAAAAAUUCAAACUUGAAAUUAAUGGUUUACCAAAGUUUUACGGUAUUAGUGAAUUAAAAAGAUUAAUUAAAGAUAAACUAAAAUUGGAUUGCAAUAAAGUCAAAACACCAAGGAAAGGUAGUCACUUUGCUUAUGUAUGUUUUCGAAGUGAAGAGGACAAACAAAAUGGACUAAAAAUUUUAAAUGGAUAUCAAUGGAAGGGUAAAGUUCUAUCUGCUAUUGAAGCAACUGCUGCACCUGAUCCACUAGUGAAGAAACGAAAAGAAUUUCAAUCUGGCGAAAAUAGUAAAAGAUUCAAAAUUGAAGGAACUCAAAAAGAGCGAUUACAGUCGACAACCAUACCAUAUGCUGAGUUUUCUUACGAUAAACAGUUAGAAAUGAAACAAAGCGACAUACAUCAAGUUUUAUUGAAAUUGGGAAAUGAAUUGUGGAAACAUAAUCAAGUUUUACGCCCUUGGAUAGAAAAACAACGUGAAAAAUAUAAUGGACUGCCUUGUGAAUUGAUGAAUAUUCGUUCUGCAAAAAAAUAUAACGAAUAUAGAAACAAAUGCGAAUUUACUGUGGGGAUGGAUCAUGAAACGAAACUACCAACGGUUGGAUUUCGGUUAGGAGCUUAUGUCGAUGGUUUUACCGGAGUUGCUCCAAUAGAUGAUUUAAUUCAUAUUCCAAAACGCAUAAAAGUUGCUGUUAAAACUUUUGAAAAUUUUGUACGUAAUUAUACUCAAUUACGCAUUUUCAAUCCAGAAUUUCAAAGUGGUGAAUUUAGACAGUUAACUACAAGAUGGUCGACCACAACUGACGAACUCAUGCUCAUUAUUGGAAUUCAAACCAAGGAAAUCGAUGAAGAUACUGUAAAUAAACUUAAAAAAGAUUUAAUUGAAUGGUUUACUAACGGUGAUGGAUCCGAAGCUAAACUUACGUCUUUGUUUAUUAAAGUAAUUCAAAAACGUAAUGCGGGCGAACCAAUACCUACACCGGAACAUCUUUAUGGCACAACUUAUAUUCAAGAGAAGCUUUUGGAUCUUACAUUUCGUAUAUCUCCAGAUGCCUUUUUUCAAGUGAAUACUGAUGCUGCUGAAGUUUUAUACUCGUCUGCCAUUGAAAUAGCGAAACCAACAAAUGAAACAUCUAUAGUUGAUAUUUGCUGCGGUACAGGAACUAUUGGAUUAUGUUUUUCUAAACAUUGUGGGCAAGUAUUAGGCUUAGAAAUAGUAGCCGAUGCAGUAGUUGAUGCAAAAGCGAAUGCUGAUAUAAACAACAUUAAAAAUGCAGAAUUUUAUCAAGGAAAGGCUGAAGAAAUAUUAUUAUCAGUAAUAAGAAAGGCACAAUUUGAUGAUGUGAUUGCAGUUGUUGACCCACCUAGAGCUGGUUUACAUCAAAAAGCAGUUAUUCAACUAAGACAAACAACAAAAUUGAAAAAAUUACUGUACAUUUCAUGUGAUUCAAAUGCAGCAUUAAAAAAUUUUGUCGACAUGGGUAGACCACCAUCAAAAACGUUACACAACGAACCAUUUGUACCAAUUAAAGCAGUAACUGUAGAUUUGUUUCCUCAUACGAAGCAUUGUGAACUCCUUAUAUAUUUUGAACGUUUUACUGUUUCAAUGUUAGAAGAAUUGCACGCUAAAGCUAUUGAAGCUAAUGAAAAUGGAAAACUACCUUCAAAAAAUAUUGAAGUAUCAGAAAAUGUUGAGGUAUCGAAUGAAAAACUUGUAACAGAAAAUGUUGAUCAAUAA